AUGGCAUCCACCCCCAACGCCGCUGCUCGGGUCGAAAUCACAGACCCGGUCUCGCUCACGAAUCCGUCAGGUGGGCUCAACCCAUCCGCAGUGGGAUGGACACGAACCCCGCUACACGACACCGACGCCAUCGGUACCACAUGGACGAGCUUCAUGCGCAACAAGCGGUGGGAGUACUGGGCCGUCGUGACCCCAACGCACAUCAUCAGCUUGACCGUAAGCAACAUCGACUACGCGGGCGUGUGCGCCUUGUUCGUGCUUGACCGCGCGACUAACACCGAAAUCAACACCGAGCUCGUGGCCCCGCUCGCAUGGGGCGUCACUCUGCCUGGAACACUGGAUGGUGGAGUGGCCAGCGUCAAGAGCCGUGGUCUCGACAUCACAAUCACACCCGAGGAGGGUGGAACACGCCUGCAGGCGCGCUCGGCUCGCGUAUCGAUUGACAUCUUCGCCGCGCUACCAAAGGGGCAUGAGCGCCUCGGCGUUGUCGUUCCCUGGUCGGAGUGGGUGUUCCAGUACACCGUCAAAGAUAUUGGUCUACCCGCUACGGGAACGGUGACUAUCGAUGGCACCGAGAUCGCUCUCCCACCAGGCCAGAGCUGGGCCACUCUCGACCACGGCCGUGGCCGCUGGCCCCGCUCCAUCACCUGGAACUGGGGUACGGGCGUGGAGACACAGCCCUCUGGACGCGUGGUGGGCAUCCAGGUCGGCGGCAAGUGGACGGACGGAACGGGUGCGACCGAGAAUUCACUCCUGGUGGACGGCCGGGUGUCCAAGAUCCACGACGAGCUCCAGUGGACAUAUGACAUCAAGGACCUGAGCGACAAGACGGUAGAGAAGGUCUGGAAGAUUACGGGUGAUGGGGUAGACCUCAAGUUCCGCGUGGAGCAUGUCCGCGAGGCCCAUACCGACCUCAAGAUCAUCACGUCCAAGACGUGGCAGUGCUUUGGCGCCUGGUCAGGGACCGUCAAGGACGAGAAUGGCAAGGAUGUGGUGAUUGAAGCAGCCUAUGGGUGGGCCGAGCAUGUUGAGCAGUACUGGUAG